UUCCGGAGGCAUUCAGGUUAUGUUGUGCACUGUUACUUGUGUUUGUACUUAAUGUAAAUUUUGUAAUGCCGUGUUAUAAUCACGCUUAAAUUAUCAAAAUGGGUGAAAACUUAGAUGGGUUUGUCCAAAAUGACGAAAACGAGAGCAACGAUGCGACGUCGGCCUUUUCUGAUAUUUAUAAGUACACAGGUAGGACAAUGUCCUUCACUCUUGAAAAGAAAAGACACGAAUUUCUUCAAAACCAAAAAGAAAAAAGGAAACAAGCAUUUGACGAAAAAAGGGACUUAGUACAUUUUUUUGGAGAGGAGGGACCAGAAUUAAUGGAGUGUGAUGCUCCGAAUAGACGACGGAGUAGAAAAAAAGUUCCUUUUGGUUAUAAACUCAUGGGUUCUGAAUGGUUCACGGAGGUACCAGAUGACUUUCAAGAAAAUUGGAUUAUUAAGUUGUGUCCUGAAGGAAUCCGUUAUUUAGUUGUUGCAAAUAAAGGAAUUACUACCUGUUACUACAGAAAUGGCAGAAUUAGUUUUAAGUUUAAAUCCAAACUUCCAGGUGGAAAUAACGAAUAUGCACAUAAAUUUACUGUCUUGGAUUGCAUUUACAAUAAAACUACGAAUACUUUGUUCGUUUAUGACGUCCUUGCUUGGAAUUCAGUGUCAUUGCUUCAUGCAGAGGCACAUAUGAGAUUUUUUUGGAUUAAAUCAAAAUUUGAAGAAAAUCCAGAAAUGUGUGAAAUAAAUUCACAGAAAAAUUUUAAUUUUGUUGUGAUGGACUACUUACCAGCUGAGUGUUCUAUAGUACAAGAUAAAUUAUUUAUGCCUUUUAUAGUAAAUGACACUAAAGUACCUUUUGAUGGAAUACUUUUUUAUCAUCGAGAAGGGCACUACGUUUUUGGUCGCUCGCCUCUAGUAGGGUGGCUAAAGACGUUUAUGAUACCUGAAAUUUUACAUAUUGACGUCGACUCCUCACAUCUUUGCAGUAAACCAGAAGAUUACCAGUCGAUUCAGCAGUAUUUAGCGUCUAAAAAGAAAAGGAAGGAAGAAAUUCCCGAUUCGGUGGACAUGGAAGAAAUACUGGAAAUGGAAAGCAUAGACUGUGACAACGUGUAAGUAAUCUUUUUAUUAGAGAAUAUAGAAGUUAUUGGUCGUUGUUACAAUAAUAAAUAGGUAUCUUAAUCUACAAACAGCCUAAAAAAAUAAUUUUUAAAUAAACAUGUCCUCUCAAAAAAA